GGCCUUGAGGAUCCCCUCCUCACAGGCGCUGCCCCCCUUUCCCAACACAACAACCCACACAGAUACUCAAGACUGUGACACACGCACACACUCACACACAUAUAUACACGCCUACAACAUACUAAAUGGUUGAGACACAGCCUGAUCUGUGUCCCAUGUCCCUAUUCCCUGUCCUGGUCCAUGUUUGAGCUUCUGGGUCUGGAAGAUUUAGUGCUAAUAUAGUUAGUAGCAGUAGUAGUACUAGUAUUUGGAGUAGUUUGAAAGUGGUGGUGACGGUGGAGAUGAAUAGUGGUGCUGUAGGAGGGGUUGGAGGUGGGGGUGGGGCUGGUCCAGGGGCAGUCACAGGGGGGAUGGGGACAGGGGUGUUGGCAAUGAGGUCUCCGUUUACAGUGUCUCAAUGGCAAGAACUGGAACACCAAGCUUUGAUUUUUAAGUACAUGAUGGCAGGCGUGCCUGUGCCACCUGAUCUUGUGCUCCCUAUCCAGAAGAGCUUUGAGUCCAUUUCUCAUAGAUUCUUCCACCAUCCCACCGUGGGUUAUUGCUCCUUCUAUGGGAAGAAGGUUGACCCUGAGCCGGGGAGAUGCAGAAGGACUGAUGGCAAGAAAUGGAGGUGCUCCAAAGAUGCAUACCCGGACUCCAAGUAUUGUGAGCGCCACAUGCACCGUGGCCGCAACCGUUCAAGAAAGCCUGUGGAAUCACAAACCCUUACACAGUCAUCAUCUACUGUGGCAUCACUGACUGUUACUGGGAGCAGCAGUGGGACUGGAAGCUUCCAGAACCUUCCAUUGCAUGCCUUUGGUAAUCUCCAGGGCACUGGUUCUGGAACUAACCAAUCCCAUUAUAAUAUGGACUCUAUUCCCUAUGGAAUCCCUAGCAAAGAUUACAGGUGUGGUCAAGUACUUAAGCCCGAGGUUGGUGAGCAUAGUUUCUUCUCUGGAGCUUCAGGAAGCAACAGGGUUCUCCAGACGGACUCGCAGCUCGACAGUGCAUGGCCUUGGAUGCAAUCCAGAGUAUCAUCAUUUCCCACAUCAAAGUCGAUUGAUAAUUCGAUGUUGCAGAAUGAUUAUCCCCAGCAUUCAUUUUUCAGUGGUGAAUUUGCAACUGGGGAACCUGCGAAGCAAGGUGGUCAGUCUCUUCGACCCUUCUUUGAUGAGUGGCCUAAGACCAGGGAUUCUUGGUCUGGCUUUGAAGAUGAUAGAUCCAACCCAACCUCUUUCUCCACAACCCGGCUUUCAAUAUCCACUCCCAUGGCUUCGUCUGACAUGUCCACGCCAAGUUCUCAUUCACCACAUGAUAACUGAGGCAGGUCAAGAAAUGAUGGAGUACUCGCAGAAUGUCCUUGAAAACUGUAACCAUAUCAAACAUGUGCAUGGUUGAAAGAUCGGUCGAUCUUUAGACGUACCUUGAUUUUCAAUCAUGGUUAAACUGUUGUGGGUUAUCUACCUAGAUGUUUGUGUAAUGCAUACAUUUGAAAGCUUUGCAAACUCCUCCAGUUUUAGUUGUGGAAUAAAACAAACUCAGGCUGUGGUGAUUAGGAAACCCAAAAGCAUUGUUGGGUUUUGUAUUGAAUCAUAGGGCAAAAAUUUUGUGGCUUCACUUGGACUAGUUGCUCCAUGGUAUAUAAAAAUCAUUAGCUUUGCAGGAACUAUAAAGCUUGCAAAUCUGAUUCCAGUUGAUCUUUA